AUGACUAAUAAGGAAAAUGUUAUUAACUGCAAAAGGCUACACAGAGAGAAUAUGGUUUUUGCAACCAUAAGCAAUGACUGUAAUUAUAUCUGUAUUAUCACAUUUUAUGAAAAUAAUUACAAUGUGGAGUUGUUCAAUGCAAAUAAUAAAAUGCAAAAAAUAUUUAGAAAGGAAAUACCAGAUACAAUUAAUAAAGUCUACAUAAAUUAUAAUAAUAAAUAUAUUUGUGUAACUAGCCAAAAUGGAAGUAUUUAUAUUCUGAACAUGAAAGGUGUUUUUUUGUACAAAAAUGAAAUAUUACAUUGCUUAUUCAGAAAAAAGUAUAUAAAACAAAAACCAAUAAGUAUAAACAGUCAUUUUAACUAUUAUUACUCCAAACGAAAACGAAAAAAGAUUUUAAGAAGCACCGUCAAUAGUCAAAAAAAAGACAAUGAGGUUUAUGAAAAUAAACAAAAAAAAAUAAAAUAUAACAAGCUAUCAAGAAAAAACAGUGUUACAUUUUCACUUAAUAAUAACAAAAACAAUCAACAAAAUGAUAAAAUAUUUACAGAGAAUAAUAUUAUUAUUAAUGAUGAUAAAAAUAGUCUAUCUGAAAAUUUACAAGAAUUGUAUAACAAUAAUAAUUAUUUUUUUCAAAAAGAUCAAGAAAAACAAAAUUUUAGUCUAAAAUCAAAAACAUAUAUUAAUAAAUCAGAAAAAAAUGAAGGAUACACAAACCUACACUUUGAAAAAAAAAAAGAAGAUAAUUAUUACGAAAGAAAUGUAGAUAAUAAUAUUAAUAAAUUUUAUGGUAUGGAAAAUAUUAAAAAUAAAAAAGAGCAUGAAGAUGUAAAUGAAAUAAUAUAUUUGGAUGAAUAUUUGAAUGAAAAAUCAAAUACCUUAGAAAAGUAUAAAGAUUCGAAAAAAAUAAAUUUUAAUAAUUAUGUUUGUACAGAAGAUUGUAAAAAGGAUAAAUUAUUAACAAAUGAAGAUUUUAUUUUUGAAGAACCCGAAUAUUUUCAUAAUGAAUUAGGAAUAGAUAGUCAAAAUGAAAUAAAAAAUUCUGAUGAAGAAUAUAAACGGAUUGGUAUUGAAAUAGUUGAUAUAUAUUGGAUUUGCAUGGAAAAAGAAAAUAAAAAAGAUUUGAUAGAAAUUGAUAAUUGUAUUUAUAGUUAUGAUAAUCUUAACAAAUCUAAUUUUUAUGAUAAUUUGCAUAUUAUAUAUAGUCUAGAUGCAGCUUUUAAUAUAAUUUGUUCUAUUAAUUUAAAAAUAAUAAUUUAUAAAUAUAAUAUAUUAAACUAUUUUUAUAAAAAUAUAAGUCCAAAUAACCAAUUCAAAAAUAAUAUAGUAUAUUUAUUUAAAAAAAAAUUUUUACAAAAAUGCAAAGAAGAAAAGAAAUAUACAUUUAUAAAAUAUUUAAAAUCAAAACUUGAUAUUUAUAACAAUAAUUCAUGUAUUGAAUCUGAUCAUAAUAAAAUUAUGAAUAAAAGAAAAAUACAAGACAAUUUAAAUACCUCAAUUAAUAGAUAUAAAAACUUAACACAAUUAUAUAGACCGUCUUAUAUAAAUAGAAUUGGACAAUAUUCUUCUUACUAUUUAGAUGUAAAAGAAAAUAUAAUUAAAAAAAUAUUUAAUGACAUGAUUAUCGAAAUGAAUCAAUCAUAUAUAUCAAGUAACCAAAAUUAUAUUUUAAUAAAUUAUUAUAUAAAUAUAAAGAAAAAAUAUCUUAAAUUUUCAAGUUUAAAUAUAGGCAUGUUAAUUCGAAAAAAAAAAAAUCCAGCCAAAAAAAUAAUAAAUAAAAAAGAAGAUAACAAAGAAAAAAAAAUUAAUGUGAAAAGAAGUCGUGAAAGUUUUAGUAGUUGUGGAAGCAAAAAUUAUGAUGAACAAAAUGAUAAUUCAAUGAUGAUAGAUCUUGUAAAAAUAUAUAUGAACAAAAAUAAACUAGCUAAAUUUCCUACAUAUAAACAUAAAUUGGGAGUAUUAGGAAUACAAAAAAUAAAUACUAUAGAUAGAGAAUAUAAAUCAAUUGAACAUUUUGCAUUAUAUUUAUUAUACUGUUUUGAUAUAUUUCAAAAUAUUUUUAAUAUAUAUAAAAGAAUGUCUUAUAUUUAUUCUAGAUGUGAUGAAUAUAAAAAAUUAUAUACAAUUUAUGAAUAUAUAUUAUCUUUAAAUGAAAAUUAUAAAAAAUAUUAUUAUAAAGAUAGAUCAAUUAUAUAUUUCUCAAAAUAUAUAAAAAAUAGAAAAGAAUAUUUUGAUGAAAAUUUAUAUAAAAUGUUUUUUAAAAAAUCAGAAAAACAAGAUUUUGAUCAAUUUUAUUAUCUUAUUAAAAAAAUGAUAAACGAAAAUACGGUUUGUUGUUCUUGUUCAAAGAAAAAAUAUUUAGAGAAAAAAAAAUAUGAACAGUCAGAAAUUAAAUCAAUUGAAACUUCUCAAUAUUUUAAAACAAAACCAAAUAUAAAAAUUAAUUUUAAUAAUUAUCAAAAUAAAGAUAAUAAUAUAAAUAUUUCUCGUCCUAUAAAAAAUUACUCUAGUUACACACAAUCUUUUAUUUCGAAAAUGAAUAAAGGUCAGGAUAAAAUACAUGAAAAUAUUAAAAAUAUUAUAAAAAUAAAUAAAGAAAAUAGAUAUACUAAUUCUUUUGCAAAUAUUAGUAAAUACAUUGAUGAGAAAAACGUACAAAAUAAUUGUAACAAAAAAACUUGUUUGUCUAAUGGCAUAAUGAAAAGAUAUAGUGAACAAAAAAAUAUUAACAGUGCAAGAGCAGAGACAAAAAAUAAUAUUACUAUUAAAAAUAAGAAUGAAAUAAAAAGAAAUGUAUCAAAACCUAUUCUAGAAAUCAAGGAGAAAAAUGAUCAAGUAAAAAAAAAUACGAAUUGGGUUCGGAAUGGUAAAGUCGAACGGGCAAGUAAUAUACCACCUCGUGGAGGUGAAGACGUAUAUAUAGAUGCAGAUACAGAUACAGAUGCAGAUGCGGCCACAGAUGCAGACGCAGAUGUAGGUAGAGAUAACCGCUUUGCAUUAAACAAAAUUAAUAAAAAUGAAAAACAAACAACAAAUACAGUAUUGGCACUUAACCCAGUGGAUGAUAUAAGCUCAUGUUGUUUCAGUUCUGGAAAUAGUACAAUUUAUGAAAGUGAUAAAAGUAGUGAAGAAGAUCAAUCUGAUGAAAUAUAUUCGUCUGUUUCUGAACAAGAAUUAGAAAAAUGUUUUUUAAAAAACAGAAAAUUUAUCAUAAAAGAUGAUAAAACUAUUUGUGAAGAUUGUGAAAAUAUAUUAAAAAAUAAUAUAUUAUUACACACAUUUGAAAAAUUUGAAUUAAAUUAUGAAAUUCCAAAAAAAAAAAAAAAAAUAGCUCAAAAAAAAAUAUAUAGUUCAUUAAUAAAAGAUAUAUAUACAAUGUAUAGAGAAAAAAAAUGUCCUAUAAAUAUUUUACUAUUAUUACAAGAAAUAAAUGAUAAAGAAUUAGAAAAUAACUUAAUUCAUUUACAAUAUAUUUUACAUUUUUUUGAAAAAACAUUCCUUCAAAAUAUAAGCGAUUAUUUAAAUAAUCUAUUUAAAAUUAUUAAUGUUUGUAAGGGUUUAGUAACUCAAUAUAAUUGUCAUUGUAAAAAAGAAAUGAACAAAUUAUAUAAUGCAGCAUUAUAUUGUCGAAAAAAAUUUGAAUCAUUUUAUAAAUUAAAAACACCUUUAAAUAUAUAUUAUUUAGUUAUUGAAUUAUUAGUGUUUAUAUCAAAAAAUAUUUAUUUUGAGAAUUUUCCACAUUACAAAAAAACAUUUUCAAAUUAUAGAUAUGUUGAUUUAUUAAAUAGUUAUAACAUAUUUAAAAAUAAUAAAAUGAAUUUUAGCUGUCUAGAUAAAUAUUUACACAUUAAUAGUAUCAAAGCUCAUAAAUUUUAUAUUGCUUUAAAUCAGCUUAGAAUCAGUUUAAUAAAUAUAUUAAGAUCUUUUUCAAACAAUAAUAAUAAUAAUAAUAAUUUUUCGAUUCUUUAUAAUCUAUCUAUUUUAAAUGUACCUCCAAAUAAAUUCCAUUUUAUUACUCUUCCGAAAAAUAAAGAAAAAUAUCAUUCUUGUAACAAUUAUUCAUAUUUUGAUGACAUAUUAUAUAAUAACCAAAAUAAAUUAUAUCCCUUUUAUAUAUGUACAUGUGAUACAUACUCUUUUAUUAGCAUUAAAAAAUAUAUCCAAACAAACAAAACUUUUAUGUUAAUACAAAGAGAGUUUAUUAAUAUUAAUUUAUAUCCUCUACGUCUGUUAAAUAUUAUUGUAAUAUCAAAGAAUAUGUUUUAUAUAUUCACAGAAAAAGAUAAAAAAUUAAAUAUCACAUCCAUUAAAGUUAAAUAUGAUGGUUCACAAAAAAAAAUACUAAACAAUGGGGAAGAUAUGAGAGAAAUUAGUAAUUUGUCAGUUCUUAAUUGCUCAAGCUUAGAAACAUAUUUUCCAAAUGCGGAUUCAUACAAUAUUAAAAUCCAAAUUUUAUAUAAUUCCAUCAUUGCGAACUUCCAACCCCAUAUGUGCCUAAUAUUACAAGGAUUUUGA